AUGGGGUCACCCUGGGACCUGGAGCAUCCUCGGUCCAGGGAUGCCCAGCACCAGGGAGGCUGGACAAGGCUGCACUGGAGCAUCCCAGCCAGGGGGCACUGCAACCACUGGGCAGCAAUAAACCCACUGGUGCCAUUGUCUCCUCCCCACAGCCCGAUGGCACCCAUGGACCGACCCACGGAGAUCGUGCUCCUGGAGAACUGCCCCAGCAUCACCCAGCUCCUCAACUGGCUUGAGCUGCCUGACAGCUUCCUGCUGGUGAUGGAGCAUCUGGAGCCAGCACAGGAUCACUUUGACUUCCUUGUGGAGUGGGAGUUCCUGUGCAAGGACACGGCAUGCUGGCUGUUCUGCCAGGUGCUGGAGGCCAUGCGGCACUGCGCCCACUGCGGUGUCCUGCACCGCGACAUCAAGCCAGAGAACAUCAUCCUCCACCCGGACACCAGCAACCUCAAGCUCAUCGACUUCGGUUUUGCCACCUUCCUCUGGGAUGAGCCCUACACAUGCUUUGCAGGAACACGGCAAUACUGCCCACCGGAGUGGAUCCACUUUGGCCACUACUGCGGCCACUUGGCGACCAUCUGGUCCCUGGGCGUGCUGCUCUGUGUCAUGGUGUGUAGGAACUUCCCCUUCGAGGAGGAUGAGGACAUCAUGGCAGGGCAGCUUUGCUUCUGGCAGCAGGUCUCUUCAGAUUGGUCUCAGGCUUUGGGAGAUGGCCCCGCACACACCAGCAGCGUGCUCACACAGCUCCGCAGGAGCUUUGUCUCCCAUCGGUGGCUGCAGGAAGUGGCCCAUGAUGGGGCUGAUCUUGCACCAGUUGCUGAAGGAGCUGGCGCAUGUCCUGUCAUCCCACUCUGCUCCACAGCGCAGAGUCGGCCAGGAGGCUUGUGCAGCACUGAGCACAUGCGGCAUGUUGCCGACCCUGAAUGCCUAUCCAAGCCUCUACCUGAAGGCUUGGCAGGAGCCACGAUCCUUCCAGCCAGGACGCCACCCUCAGGGGAUUGCGAAAGUCCUGAGUCCGACGAGCGGGAGGUCCCCAAGUCCCCACCGACUGCCCUGUCCCUCUCUGCCCACACCCAGCGCCAUCGAGAGCUGGUGAUCACCGCCCCCCACGCAGGGGGGGGAUUCCUCCUCAGGGCAGAGGAGAUGGAGUCGCUCUGA